CCGACCCCUUCACUUCCGCUCCGCCGUUCCCACAAUGCAGUGCGGCUGAGCGCCUCGAAGCCCGCGGGGACGCUGCGGGGGAACCCCGGCUGAGGCGGCGGCGGCGACGUGGGCUGCGGCGGGCCCGCGGCGUCGGGCGGUGCGGAUGUCGGGCUGGGCGGACGAGCGCGGCGGCGAGGGAGACGGGCGCAUUUACGUGGGUAACCUUCCGACCGACGUGCGCGAGAAGGACCUGGAGGACUUGUUCUACAAGUACGGCCGCAUCCGCGAGAUCGAGCUCAAGAACCGGCACGGCCUCGUGCCCUUCGCCUUCGUGCGCUUCGAGGACCCCCGAGAUGCUGAAGAUGCAAUUUAUGGAAGGAAUGGUUAUGAUUAUGGCCAGUGUCGGCUUCGUGUGGAGUUCCCCAGGACUUAUGGCGGUCGGGGUGGGUGGCCCCGCGGUGGGAGGAAUGGGCCUCCUACAAGAAGAUCUGAUUUCCGAGUUCUUGUUUCAGGACUUCCACCAUCAGGCAGCUGGCAGGACUUGAAGGAUCACAUGCGAGAAGCUGGGGACGUCUGUUAUGCAGAUGUGCAGAAGGAUGGAAUGGGCAUGGUUGAAUAUCUCAGAAAAGAAGACAUGGAAUACGCCCUGCGUAAACUGGAUGACACCAAAUUCCGCUCUCAUGAGGGUGAAACUUCCUACAUCCGAGUUUAUCCAGAGAGAAGCACCAGCUAUGGCUACUCACGGUCUCGGUCUGGGUCAAGGGGCCGUGACUCUCCAUACCAAAGCAGGGGUUCCCCACACUACUUCUCUCCUUUCAGGCCCUACUGAGACAGGUGAUGGGAAAUUUUUCUUUAUUUUUUAGGUGAACUGAGCUGCUUUGUGCUCAGAGUCUACAUUCCAGAUUGAUGAUUUAGUGUCUUAGGAAAUUUUUUUAAUUUUUUUUUAAGGAAAUAAAAUACAUAAUUUCUACCAGGGCCAUAUUGGCAGUGAAGCAUUUUAAACUGCAGAAAUUGUGGUUUUGGUUCAGAAAUAAGUUGUAUAUUUUUCACCCCUGAUUAUGGGAAAAAAAUCAGUGCUGUGUCUUUGUGGGUUGCUCUACUAUGGAGAUCAGCAGUUACUGUGACUGAGUCGGCCCAUUCUGUUUAGAAAUAUAUUUUAAACGUUUAGUAAUUGA